UGCAUAGAUGUCCAUUCUUCCGGCAAGGAUAGAUUUGACUCCUCAAAUAUCCCUUGUUUCGAUGUGAUCUUAUCUCGGCCAUCAUAUUCAGCACCUUCAGUAAGCUGUUCUUGAUGUUGACGGCAGUGGACGCGUCUGACUAUCUGACGACGCGCCCGCUGUCUGGUUCGAUUGAUGGGGUUCAAAUUCACGUAUUUGUGCGAUCUACUCUCCUCCUUGGAAGACAACAAGUUUCUGAAAGCUACACAUGAGGCGAGAGCAUCCGAUCCCGAUGUGCGGACCGUGACGCGAUGGUUUGCUCAACAUGGGAAGCAAAUUCGUGGCCAUGGCACUGACCUGCUGGCUCUGCUGUCCUGCAUGUUUCCCGAGAGAAGGCCAGAUAGGGUCUACUCGCUGCAAGAAUCCUCGCUGGCGAGGAUUAUAGCGCGAUGCUUACUGCUUGGGUUCUCCCGACGGGAAGAGCUCGAUCGGUGGCGCGUCUAUGGGGGAGUCGACCUCGGUCUAUGCGUUGAAAAUGUGAUGCGGCAAGCUGAGAACGACAUUAUCCCCGGUCGAGAGGUAACUGUGGAGGAGAUUGACUCCGCUUUGAACAGUAUCGCCGCUCGUUGCAGGUUUUCGGGUCCUCGAGUGCGGAAGCAGCGCAUUGCAAUUGAUGUCGAGCAUGCUUUGGGCUCAUUGUUCAAGCGCCUCAGGAGCAGAGAUGCAAAAUGGUUGACGCGGAUGAUACUCAAAAGCUACUUUCCCGUCGUCUUCCCUCAACCAUUGACUCUGCGGAGCUUUCACUUCCUACUUCCGCCUCUCCUUCUCUUCCAAGACACAUUCGAAGGUGCUAUCAAGAUGCUCCGCUCCGAUCCAAUAAGCCAUUUCCCGCCGCAUCCGGAUCCCGGCUUAGCCAAAGACCUGGCUUAUAUAGCCUUGCAACAUCUCAAUCCUAGGAUAGGGGUCAAGAUCGGUCGGCCGGAGUACUACAAGGCUCGGAGUAUCAAGCACUGCUGUCGCAUGGUCAAUCACCGUCGGAUGAGUGUUGAAAGGAAGUAUGAUGGCGAAUACUGUCAAGUACAUAUUGACCUGUUUCAUCCCAAUUCAAUCCAGAUCUUCUCGAAGAGUGGCAAAGACUCUACAGUGGACAGGGUAGGUAUCCACCAGGUCAUCAAAGACUCCUUGGGAAUAGGCGCGCAUGGGUGCAGGAUCUCCCAGAGAUGCAUUUUAGAAGGCGAACUACUCGUCUGGAGUGGUAAGCACGGCAAGAUUAUGGAUUUUCAUAAGCUACGUAAAUUUAUCUCUCGAUCUGGCACCUUUAUUGGUACUGAAAGUGAUUCUCCACCGCAGCCCCACGAGCAUUUAAUGAUAGUCUUCUUCGACAUUCUGCUUCUUGAUGACAACAUAUGUCUUAAGCGGCCGCAUCGGGAACGACGCCUACUUCUCAAAGAAGUUAUACGAACCAUUCCCGGUCGUGCAGCUAUUGCAGAGCAAUACAUCGUGGAUUUCUCGCGACACGACGGUCAAACUCGACUGGAGAGCAUCUUCUCCAACGGGAUUGCACAACGAUGGGAGGGAUUUGUACUCAAAGGGUGUGAAGAUCCCUACUUCACCAUCUUCACAGGUCAGGGGAACAAUAUGCCGGGUCGCUGGAUCAAGCUUAAGAAGGAUUACAUACCGGGACUAGGUGAUACCGUUGAUCUCGCCAUUAUUGGUGCGAGAUACAAUGCACAAGAUGCCACGGCCCUCCAUCAGGUCAAGAAAUUGCUUUGGACAGAUUUCUACAUUGGUUGUCUCACAAAUAAGGAUGCCGUUGCGCAAUUCGAUGUUGCUCCAAAAUUCAAGGUUGUGGAUGUGCUCAAUCGUAACAGCAUGAGUCUGAAGAGCAUGCAAAUUCUCAAUCACGUCGGCGAGUUUCAUGCCUGUAAUGCCGAGUCCGGCCACGGAUUCUCACUUCACUAUGGGAGCAAUGUCACGACUGGGAUGGAUGUAGUUUUCAAGACGCCUUUCAUCGUCGAAAUUCUGGGGAGUGGAUUCGAGAAGCCCUCCAAUGCCGGGUAUUUCGCACUUCGAUUUCCGAGGAUUACGAAAAUUCACUGGGACAGGACCCUUACAGAUGCAGUAUCAUAUACUGAGCUGCAGAAACUCGCCGAUGACGCUCGAGCUGUGCCCACGGAUGACAUGGACGAGGAGAGGUCCGAGUGGUCCAAGCGUGUGAAGCUUGGUCCUGGAUCAGCUCAAUAUGCGUCAAGGCGAUCCAGAAGUGUUUCCUCAACUCAGAGCUCUCCAGCAAGGUUUGGAACCGACACCGCCGCUGCCAUGCCUUUGAGUGACACUACGAGCAUACCAUCGGCAGCUCCUGACAUCAUGAAAAAACCAACAACACCACCAGAGCCCCAAGACCGCUUAGAUCCUUCAACGACCCUUACCAUCCCUAUAUAUACAGAUGUUGCUGCAGAUCGUGCGCCCUCAGCUGCAGAGAGUCCUGCUCGACACAAUGCCCUUGUUGACAACGAAAACCUUUCCGCUCACACCUCUCGUCAGCGCAUAUAUACAAACCGCAACGCUGCAUUUGCUGACAGGCCCAAGCCGAGCCAACAGCCUCAGCAGCCUAGUACAGCCACGGAAGCCUGCAUCAAUACCUUCGCAGAACCUCAGCACACUCCCUCCCAAUGGAAGCAUAUACCCGCGUGCGCCCUACCAGACUCCAGACCUCCUCACAAAUUAGCCCAUUCCAUCACAUGUCACUUGAUGAACCUGCCAACAUAUAUAACUCCAAUGUCCAACCCCACCGGACAAACUCAGGAACCACUAACCAACUUCCUAACCACUUUGACAACAUCCAAUCCCAACAAACGCACAACCCAACCCCAAACCCUCGGACUAGUAAUCCUCAACAGCAGCAACUCCACCCUCGGACAACUCCUCUUCGACCUCAGCAAACGCAUCACCCACUUCCUUCGGCAACCCAGGACCACAACGCACCCUUCUCCAGCCGGCAAGAUCCUUGUCCUUGACCGAGACUUUCUGGACCUCAACCUCAACCCGCAAGAUACGAGGCUCGGCCUCCGUCAGACAUGGGAGGCGAUCGGGAGACGCUACUUUUGCGCGUGCGUGAAGUGGGAUUUCGGUGAGUCUGCUUCUGCUGGGUUGGAUUCGGCGUCAGGGGAUGAUGGUGAUGAUGAUGGUGUUGGUGCAUAUUUGAACAGCUCUGGGAGUGUUUGGCAGGGAUGCACGGAGGAACGUGGGCGAGGAGUGGCACGCAGGACGACCGGUCCGAAGGCUACGAUUAGUUUUAACAGGCGGGAGCUGCUUGUGCUCAGUGGGAUUUUUGCGGGGGAGCGGUCUGUUCAUGCAGGUUGAUGGCUUUCGAUUGCUCGGACUAUGCGGCGCAUCCGGUUAGAG